AUGGAGUCGGGCGCACUUGUGACCGACAAGAUUGUCGUCAGUAAUAUUAAGGACGCCAUCAAGAGUUCGGAAUGCCGUUGUGGCUUUAUUCUUGACGACUUUCCACGAACGGUCGUGUAG